AUGAGCAAAAAGGCAAUCGUUGGCUUCGUUAUUCACGAUUGGGAUUUGGGCACAUUAUUUGGAAAUCUCGUGAGGCGAUCUGACAUAGCCGGGAUUAAUGUAAAACUCCUCCACUGCCCAACAUUAAAACCACUGAGGACAUGCUCGGCCUAUCGUCUGGACGUUGUUGAACACACAAAAGCGCCACAUGGAUUGACCACCGCUUACUAUGUUCCAACAACUCGUCUUGUGUUGGCUUCUGUCUCGUUCCCUCCAAAUAUUUUGGCCAUGCCGAAGUCUGAUAUUUUCGGAUUCAGAUCAUUAUCAAGCAAUACAUUACUGGCUUUGAGGUCCCUAUGUCCGAAUCCACCUUCCCCGAGCUUGUUGCCUUCUGAGAAACCAUUGUUACAAUUCCUCAAGCACACUUCCUUGCAUUCCUUCAAGCUCAAACUCUCGUUAAACCAAGUGUACCUCGAAUCCGGCAACUUAAUCCCCGAGUAUCUCAAAAACACAUCAUCUCUACAGUUCAACUCGCUCCUCCUCACACACCCGCUCGACCAGUCAGACCUCAGCCAGCUGGCCUCGUCUUUCGGCACAAACCUCUCAAGACAACCGCAAACCGGAUAA